UAUAAUACAGUCGAAGUUCAUCCAGAAAAACUUUCCGAAGGCAACGCAAGAUGUUGCGACUUUGCCGACUCCACCAGCAAAUAGACAAGCGGAGAGCUCAUUCUAUGCCCCGGUACCAAGUACUAUGUCGAGCAAGGCCAAGUGAUCGCGGGCCCUCGAAAGAGGAGUCUGAGGCCCUCCAAGAAGCGCUCGACUUAUUCAACGGCGCGCGACAUUUAGCGUACUUGCAAACGCAGUCGGAGCUUCAGGCCGCCUUCAUCGCGGACUUGGAGCUCACGGCGCAGUCGCCCGCGGAGCCCAGCCCGCAUGAGGCGCUGGUCAGCUACUGGACGGAGCAGGGACUCAACAAGGCGGCGGCUGAGGGCCUGGUUCGCAAGCUGGAGAAGGCCGGCGCGCCGCUGAGUGUGGCGCAGCUGAACGCCAAGGUGCAGCGGCUGACGCGCAUCGUGCCGGACCUGGACCUGGCGCAGUUGGUGGACCGGGACGUGGGCGUGCUGGACACGGAGCCCGGCGUGGCCAUACGCAACCUGGUUCUCCUGGUGGAGGCGUUCCCGGGCAAGGAGGUGGCUGCCAUCGUGCAGCGCAGCCCGCGCCUGCUGUACGCGGCCGACCUGCCCACCCGCCUGGAGCGCUGCCUGGAGCUGCUGACGCGGCUGCAUCCGGCGCGCGAGCGCAAGGUGGUGGCGCCGGUGGUGGCGGAGUACCCCGACCUGCUGUACCGCAUGGACUACUACACGCACGUGCGCAUGAUUGACGAGCUGCCCAUCGAGAUCCAGAACAUGUUUGUGCUGGCCGACCAGGGCAUUGGCUUCUUGCACCGCUACUACAAGCGCGCCAAGAACAACUUUGUCGCCGAUACCUCGGACGAGGAGGCGGGCUUCUGAGGCCGGGGCUGUACCGUAUGCAGCGUGAUGGCGGUGGCGCUGGAGGUGGCAGCUGCCUGGAAUCCUGUGCGAGAGUGCGAGCAGCGAGAAGGGCAGCUGGAAUUGCUUGCACGUGUGUUUGUAUUCAGGUUUGUAUUCGAGGCUGCUGCUCUGUCCGGUGGUCAUGCGGGACAGUGGCAGACGCAUUUGUACCAUAACGACUUGUGGUUUGUUGCGCGGCGCCAGCGACGAGCUGGCGGUUGCGUUGUUUGUGAGCCGCUUGUGUUUGUAAAUGUCGGGGGCUGAGUUGCAUGGACACUCCUCGAUGUGUUGGUUGGUGCGGGUCGCUGAGAGCGGUCAUGGGAUGAGGGUUUUCCGCGGCGCGCUCAGACGCGGGCUGAGCUAUGUGAGCGGCAUGGUUGUUGUUGGUCGGUUGGUUGUCGUACACCUUUUGUUGCUGUGAUGUACUGUAUCGGUGGAAGGCCGCGCGUAUAAUACGGUGUGUGCCAUGCAGGCCCGUGCUGAUGGUUGCUGAUGGGACAUGGUGUCGUGAGGAUGUGCACGUGGUCCCACUGUUUGCUCAGCAGCUGCUAGCUGCUGGCACGAAGAAUCCAUGUGCAUUAUGGCGCUCGACCAGAGUUCGGCUAUGCCCUUGAAUGGCUUAUGAGAGAGACGGGUGUUGCGCCGCUGGAGUUGGGGGCCCCGAAACGUUCAUGUGAGUGGGGUGAGGCUUGGCAAGGACUACUGGCCUGUGAUACUGUGUACGCGGUCUGCCACAACCUCUUAGAACCCGGGGGCCAGCGUGCUACGGUACUGUUUCUCUGCGUGCCUCUGUCCUCAAACAUGAGGUGCAAAUUCUACCGCGGACACGGCAGAGGAAGCAUGUCCCGAUGUCCCGGCAAGUAACAAGGAG